GCAAAGCAAAAGCAAAGCAAAGGAAAUCAGAGUAACAGCAAAGCUAGGGACAUCAGUCAGGGAGGGACGGGGGGGACAGGCUGCCAUGACCACUUAACUUUGCUCGUUUGCAUGUAAUAUGUAGCAAACAGCGGUGCCCACAUUGUCUCCCCCCCUCUCUGUUAAGUUCAGGGGCUGGUCAGCCUAGCUGCUACACGGAGGCCUGGAUCUGUCUAAGUUUUUGUGAGUUAGCAGGCUGACGUUAGCUCCUGCUAUUAGCCUGCUCUUGCUGGUGACUGAGAACAGCUUGUCAACAGCAGACCGACCUGGACGGGGCUGCUGUCGCUGCCUGUUUGUUUUAGCUGGUUGUGUUGGCUCAAACAUCUUCUGAACCAGCGGCACUACUGAGAGAGAAAGCGGAGCUACAAUGGCAACGUGACAAGAGAUGAGCCGCUGAGUCAGCUUCAACAGGAACCAUGGAAGGGUUUCAGGAAACUGCCACAGAGCAGCUUGACCGGGUGAAUGGGUACAGUGAGCCGAAGUGCCCCCAGGACGCCGGUGAUGUCAGGUGGACGCCACCGGAGGUAGAUUCUGGGGGCUCAGACAGCUGUGGGGGCACAAGCGUGUCGGAACUGACUGACCUGCAAGAGUUAAAAACCAGGGAGAGUGAGGAUGAGGGGGAGAAAGAGGAAGUGCUUUCUUCCAAAGACCUGAAAGGGGACCAGAAGAAACGACAGAAAGAGGAUGAAAAUCAGAAGGACAAUCACGGCAAAGAAAACAGCAGUGCGUCAUCCAGCUACACAGACCUGUCCCACACUUCGUCCCCCUCGCUGUCGGAGCAGCUACGUCUCGGCAAAGAAGAUAAUUCAGGGUCUGGCAUCAGUGUUGAGUGUAAGGUCUGCGGGGACAAGGCCUCGGGCUUCCACUACGGUGUGCACGCCUGUGAAGGCUGUAAGGGCUUUUUCCGGCGGACUGUGAGAAUGAAACUGGAGUAUGAGCGCUGUGAACGUUCCUGCAAGAUCCAGAAAAAGAAUCGCAAUAAGUGCCAAUAUUGCCGCUUCCAGAAGUGCCUGUCUUUGGGAAUGUCUCAUGAUGCGAUCCGAUACGGGCGUAUGCCAGAGGCAGAGAGGAAGAAGCUGGUUGCGGGCCUGCUCGCAGAGGAGCUGAAUGUCAGCAAACCAGGCGGCUCAGACCUGAAGACCUUGGCCAAACAAGUCAACACGGCUUACCUGAAGAACCUCAGUAUGACCAAGAAGAGGGCCCGCAGUAUUUUGACUGGCAAAACCAGCAGCACCUCACCUUUUGUGAUCUACGACGUGGACACGCUCUGGAAAGCAGAAAGUGGUUUAGUAUGGAGUCAGUUAGUUCCAGGUGCACCCCUGACCAAGGAGAUAGGAGUUCAUGUAUUCUACCGUUGUCAGUGCACUACAGUGGAGACUGUGCGAGAGCUCACCGAAUUUGCCAAGUGCAUUCCAGGGUUUGUGGACCUCUUCCUCAAUGAUCAGGUGACUCUGCUCAAGUACGGCGUUCACGAGGCUAUUUUUGCCAUGCUGCCAUCCCUCAUGAACAAAGAUGGACUGUUGGUGGCCAAUGGCAAAGGCUUUGUGACCAGAGAGUUCCUGCGCAGCUUAAGGAAGCCCUUCAGCGAGAUCAUGGAGCCCAAGUUUGAGUUUGCUGUGAAGUUCAACGCCCUGGAGUUAGAUGACAGCGACCUGGCCCUGUUUGUCGCUGCCAUUAUCCUCUGUGGAGAUCGACCGGGGCUAAUGAACGUGAAGCAGGUGGAGCAGAGUCAGGACAACAUCCUCCAGGCCCUUGACCUCCACCUCCAAGCAAACCACUCUGACUCCGUCUACCUCUUCCCAAAGCUGCUUCAGAAGAUGGCCGACCUCCGUCAGCUGGUUACAGAGAAUGCUCAGCUCGUCCAAAAGAUCAAAAAGACUGAGUCCGAGACGUCGCUCCACCCUCUACUACAGGAGAUCUACAAAGACAUGUAUUAGAAAUCUCCAGCACAGGCUGACUUUAGCAAUACUGUUACAGACUGAAUCUACGGUUACAAGAACACCCUGCUUUCGGUUCAAGCACUGUUCCACACACGGGCAUGGAUAUUUAACUGGCAGAUGAGGCAAAUUCACUUGGUAGGGCUAACACAGCAGAGUAGUCUUCACAAUAUCAGCGUCAGCCUCAGUGCAGUCAUGUGUUGUAUGUGUGUGCACAUUAGAGCAUCUGGAAUCAUUUGCUGCAAGCCUUAGUUUCCCACAACGGUCACUUAACAGGAAGAACGAUAUGUUUUCUUAUAGAGGCUGCUCUUGUUUCCUUCUCAGAGCGAAGCUGACCCCAGAGCAGUGUUUAGAGAGAGAGAGAGAGAGAGAACUUCUCCUCGUUCACCUCAGCUCUGUGUUUCGCUGCAAAGGGAACGCAUUUCACGUUCUUACACCGAUGGCAUUAUUUAAAUGGGAGAAAGACAUCUAGUUUAUUUUCUUCUUGCAAGAGUGAUGAUAAUUCGCAGACUUUUAAGUGAAUCUGAAGAUGCGCAAAUUGCUAUUUGUUUACAUCGUAACUGUCAUCAUCGUCAUCAUCACUGACCACAACUUUGCCAUUUGGUUUAAAGAACACAAACUGGGCUGGCUCUCAGUGCAGCUGUCUGUGCAAUACCUUUUCCAUUUGUCAAUAAAUGUGAGAUCCAAGUUACUUAGCUUUCGUCUUCAAGCAGUCUACCCAAGUGGUAACGAUUGGAUCGUGCACAAAUGAUAUCUUCUGAAGUUGAAACUAUAAACACACAACCAACUGAAGUACAAGGGACAGCUUGAUUUUUUUUUAAGUACCAUUUUCUUUCUUUUGAUAUGCAAAAUACAGGGAAAUUAGCCAUUCUCUGUUUUUUUUGGUUUGUUUUUUGUAAUAAUUUGUAAUUGUUGAUCACAUUUGUAAGGGCAAUACACAGAUUCUUAUAUCAUGUAUUGAUUUUGUUUUGUAUUAGAUGGCAGCAUGUUUAGUUUAAUUCCUUCCCAAUAUAUCAUCAGGAAAAUUGUCAAGCUUUCUUUAUCGGCAGUUUGGAGUCCAUUGUGAAGUAGGACUGAAGUUAAACCAGCACACUAAAUCUUAUUUGAUGACAAAUGAAAGUUAAUGCGCAGCAUCUCGUAUCAAAUGCUGCUUUUGUAUUCAGCAUAUACACAAUCCUAGAUUACUACUCCUUUUGUCUGUCUUUUUUUUUUUUUUUUGCAACCGCCUCCCUGUUAUCCAAAUCCAUUUGUCUUCGAAGGUUUUUCCACAUUAUGAUUCUUCCAUUUCUACUGUACGCCAUUUGAAAUGACUUAAUUGUCAGCUCUGGUGCACACUUCAGCAGUGUCCCCUUGUGCUUUUACCCUGUUUUGGUCCUCAUCUACCUCUACCGAAAGAUUAUUCCUCUUGUUUAAUCCCUAACAUUUGUUUUGCCUUAAUUUGUAAUAUUAGUGCACAUGGCUAUAUCACGCAAUGUGCCAUCGUAGCAAAGGGUGGAGAUUACACCAAAAAGUGUGAAUAAUCUACCUCUGUGCGUGAGUGAUGGGUUGACAUGUUUAAGCAAAAAAAAUGUUGCGACUUGAAAUAUUUUCUACAUUAUUGUCACAUAAAACUUGUGCGGCACUAGCUUAGUGGUUUCCCUCGUAUAAAGAUUGUUAGAAAUACUGGUGAUUUUUUUCUGUAUUUUUUUAAUGGUAAAAGUUGAUAAAGUUUGUUUGACGCGCACAACUGAGGAACUUGGUUAAUUCGGCACAGUUAAACCCUUGUUUGAUUGACACACGAGUUGACCAAUGGGAUCGGCUGCAGGUGGGGAAACAACUCCGACGUCCUGCAUCUAUUGGUUCGUUGCUACGCGAAGUAAUCAGGAGAGUCAGCUGUAAACUAUUUAGGAAAGCGAGUAUUUAGUUUGGCGGCUUGCUCAAAACACAGAGGAUGGACCCAGCACGUUACGGAAGUAUCUGUAGACAUUUCAUGAAUGGCUCUUGCAGAUUUGGUCCUAGAUGCAAUUACCGACAUGAGUGGCCCGUCAUACAAUCAUCCCAAAUAUGUAGGUACUUUCAGAAAGGGGGAUGCUGGUAUGGUGACCGCUGCAGGUAUCUCCAUAUCCAUCAGCCUCCAGUCGGCCCAGCUAUGGCGGGUAGAAGGGGUUCGGUGCCUGCUGUGUCCUCCUCCAGUGUGGCCCAUGUCCAGUCUGGAAGAAGAGGGUCAGAACCAGCUCUUCUGCGUGCUGCCGUAAUGUCCAGGCAGGAGUGCAGUGGAUCAGAGUUGACAGCCAACCGCUCCGGUAUUCGGCGCGAGCUUGGCCAACUGCCAGACAAUAUUGCAGAGGAGUUGUCAAAAGAAAAUGAUGCAGAGUCUAUUGGGAGCUCAGUGGUAGCCCAAGCCGGAGCCUGCCAUGGGAGAGAUGAGGAGACUUCUUCAUCCAGGAUACACGAGGACGGGGCUUCAGCUGGGGCUGCAGCAGCCUCUUGUACCAAAAGUGACACAGAGGAAACUGAGGCCUUCCUGCAGAGUAAAAAUGUGACCUGUGGUAUCUGCAUGGAAAAAGUCUAUGAAAAGGCGGACAAGAAAGACCAUGUUUUUGGGAUCCUGCCAAACUGCAACCACCCUUUUUGUUUAGACUGUAUCGCAACCUGGAGGAAAACAAAAGAUUUUGGACCAGAUGUUGUAAGGACUUGCCCUCAGUGCCGAGUGAGAUCUGCCUUUUAUGUGCCAAACAAAUAUUGGGUUGAAGGGCCAGCAAAGGAAAGUGUAAUUGCUGCAUUCAAGAAGAAAUUCAGGUGAAGUUUUGUUGGUAUAACAUCAAUUAAAUGUUUGUUGCCUCUGCACAACU